AUAGUAUUCGUAUUGCCUUUAUAUAAAUCCACCUCUGCACUUGUUCAAUUUAUUCUUCAUCUAUUCUACAGUCACUCUUCUACAUCAUGUCUCCCAAUCGAAGCAGCUACAUCCGUUGUCCCUCCAACCAAGACGGAAAUGUCUUCCAACUCUCCUUCUCGACAGUCCUUCGAGCCCUCCAGGCCAUCUUCGCCUUUGUCACCAUGGCCCUCUACGGUAUCGACCUACAACACGCCAGCGCCGUUCAUAACAGAGCCGAUUCCAGCUGGAUAUACGCAGAAAUGGUCGCUUGUAUUUCUGUCGUCAUCUGCAUCGCACACUGCAUCUUCACACCGAAACGAGGCGUCUGGUUUAUCUUUGACUUUGUCAUGGUCGUCCUCUGGGCUGCGCAGUCUGGGCUGUUUGGAAUUAUGUACAUCGGCAAUCAUGAAUCGGAUGAUAAGGACUUUACAUUGUCAGUGCAAAGAAUGAAGGCUGCAGCGGGGAUCAAUCUGGUGAAUAUGGUGUUGUGGUGUAUUGCUGCUGUCUAUGGGAUUGUGUGUGUCUGUUCUUGUAAAAGACGGACCAAGAAGGUAGAUGAGGAGAAGGAUAUCGAACGAGGGGUGGAAGAAAGAAUUCAAGAGAAGCCAGAGAAGGAAAUGUCCAAAGAGAAAGAAAUGCUCAAAGAAAAGGAGGAGAAAAUGGAGAGACCCCCGAGUUAUGAAUCUUGAAAUUCUCGUGAUAAUUUAGCGACGUUGCAC